GACACAGCAGAGUGUUCCCUGUGUUCAGUGGUGAUAGGUGGAUGUUAAGGACAUCUCUCUCUAAAUCAAUGUGUCACUCAAAGUGAACAGUUAACAGAGAGCAGCCGGAGGAUCCUUUGGGCAGAGACUCCAGGAGAACAUGCAGACACAUGCUGACCGCGGACAGAAAUUAAACCGCACUUAAAGAACAAUUUGCAACAGGACACAAAAUGAGACUGUCACCCAUCAUCCUAUGACAGGACACACGCCGGGGGACGGACAAGAAGAAAGAGGGACAGAAAGGACGGGUGGAUCUGUGAUGACUUUCACUUCAGGGCCAACACCAUCCAACCUUCCUGGUGAGAGAUUGUAAGGAUAAAGCAAAGAAAAAGAGAGAAAGAGCCGGGAACAUCAGCAAACCAUCCUGGAAUUCCUUGAGCUGGAUUUGUGCCCAAAAGAUAUGCUCUCCGUCUUAAAGACUACAUUUGCAUCUCCUGAGUGAAUACUAGCACUCGCAGAACAAAGACGCAUCUCAGACAGCCAUGACCGACCUCACUUUGAAGCGUUUUUUUCUGGCCCUGCUGACCAUCACCCUGUCCAGACCCGACUCCUCUUCGCUUGGGUUCGCCGAGGAAAGCAGAGACGACAUACUCGAAAGUGAGUUCAUGUACGCCAGUCGUCCAAAACGCUCCGCCGACCCUGCAAGUGCCUCGGACCCUGACAAAUGCUCCUACACCUUCAUCGUGCCUCAGCGCAAAACCACAGGCGCCAUCUGCGUGAACUCUAAAGAGCCAGAAGCCCUGCUGGAGAACCGCAUGAACAAACAGGAGCUGGAGCUGCUGAACGGAGAGCUGCACAAGCAGCGGCGGCAGAUCGAGACGCUGCAGCAGCUGGUGGAGGUGGAUGGCGGCGUGGUCACCGAGGUCAAGCUGCUUCGCAAGGAGUCACGCAACAUGAACGCCCGGGUCACGCAGCUCUACAUGCAGCUGCUGCAUGAGAUCAUCCGCAAGAGAGACAAUGCACUCGAGGUUUCUCAGCUGGAGAACCGUGUGCUGAAUCACACGUCAGAGAUGCAGCAGUUAACCACACGUUACCGGGAUCUAGAACACAAAUACCAGCACCUUGCAUCGCUUGCGAGCAAUCAAAGCACGCUUAUAGUACAGCUAGAAGAGCAAUGCAGGAGAGGAGGCUUUGUUGGUGGAGGUUUUGGUGUUGGUGUUGGUGGAGGAGCAGCUGGUGUUGUACGACAAACUCGACCUUACCAGCCACCUUCAAUCCUCCCGCAGCCACCACAACAUCGCCAACCACCUCCACCUCCGGUCCCACAUUCCCCCGCCAGGCCUUUCCACCCACCGACCUACACCCGCCACAACAACCAGCUCACCAAUGAAAUCCAGAGCGACCAAAACAUCAAAGCAAUGCCACCGACUUUACCAACGGUGCCCCCUGAAACGCACAGCUCCUCAACAGAUAAACCUUCAGGGCCGUUCAAAGACUGUUUACAGGCUCUAGAGGAAGGACACGCCAACAGCGGCAUGUUUCUGGUGAAGCCAGAAAACACCAACAAACUGAUGCAGGUCUGGUGUGACCAGAGACACGACCCCGGCGGCUGGACCGUCAUACAGCGACGCAUGGACGGAUCGGUCAACUUCUUCCGAAACUGGGAGACGUACAAGCAAGGAUUUGGGAACAUUGAUGGUGAAUACUGGCUUGGUUUGGAGAACAUCUACUGGCUGACCAACCAGGGCAACUACAAGCUGCUGGUGACUCUGGAGGACUGGUCAGGCAGGAAGACGUUCGCAGAAUACGCCAGUUUCCGGGUGGAGCCGGAGGCAGAUUUCUACAGGCUGCGGGUGGGUCGUUACCAUGGCAACGCUGGGGAUUCCCUCACCUGGCACAAUGGGAAACAGUUCACCACCCUGGACAGAGAUCAUGACGUGUACACAGGAAACUGUGCCCACUAUCAAAAGGGUGGUUGGUGGUACAACGCCUGCGCCCACUCCAACCUGAACGGCGUGUGGUACCGCGGUGGCCAUUACCGCAGCCGCUACCAGGAUGGAGUUUACUGGGCCGAGUUCCGCGGAGGAUCGUAUUCUUUGAAGAAGGUCACUAUGAUGAUCCGACCGAAUCCCAACACUUUCCAUUAGAACAUCAUGUGAAGGAAAACUCAAGUCUAAUGCGUUAACGCUAAAAACAUUGUAAGAAGUGCAAUGUUAAAGUGUUUCUUUUUGUUAAUUAUUGAUUGUUUACUUUGUUUAGGAGUCUUAUGAAUUCAUCAUAUGUGACCCUUGAGCACAAAACCAGUCUUAAGUCGCUGGUGUAUAUUUGUAGCAAUACCCCAAAAAUACAUUGUAUGGGUGAAAAAGAUCAAUUUUUCUUUCUUGCCAUUAUGCAGUGCUAAGAACUUUAUUUUGACAAAUUUAAUUACUUUUUUUUUUUUUUUUUUUGCACCCUCAGAUUUUCAAAUAGUUGUAUCUUGGUUGAAUACUAUCCUAAUAAAUAAUAAAUCCAAAUACUAUCCUAUCCUUACUUAUUCAGCUUUCAGAUGAUGUAUAAAUCUCAAUUAAAAAAAAAAAGACUGGUUUUGUGGUCCAGGGUCCAUUGCAUACAUUGCAUAUGACUUCAUGAAGGAGACAUAACUCAUGUCUUCUUGGGAUUCUUCCGAAUGGUGUCCAGGCAUUGUGGACACUGAAGACUUAGUGAAAAUACUAGAAAAACUUCAGUCAGACAAACCUGGCAACUCAGGUUCCACAUGACAAGCUGAACAGCAUAGAGUGAGUCCUUAAAUUGAGGAUAAAGUCGACCUGAUCUUAACAGGCAUCCGGGCACCUUAUUCUCGCUGUAAGAAGUCUAACCAUGAUAAACUGUUGUUCUGAGUACUUUAUUGCUAUAAAACAUGAUCUGUUAUGUACCAAUGGAGGCAUAUAGAUUCUCAUUUGAUCUGGUAUAGCAUUGACUUCCAAUACAGGCUACGCUGCAAUUGGACAUCUUAAAAGGUAUUUCUAAUGCAAAAAUGAAUAUUCUGUUGUCGUUUAGAGAUAAAUUUAGCCUAGUCUGUGUGAAUGCAUCCGUUUACUAGAUCAAACAUUAAUGAGAUGUGAACUGGUUAAAUGCACACAUUUAAUCACAGAUGCAAAGCCUCUGUAAACUUCAAUGACUAGACUACAUUUAGUAGCACAAAUGCGAUGCUUCCUUUUCAUUUAGUUUGUUUUAGCAUUGACUUUAAAUAAAGGGUACAUUGCAAUUGUGCCUUGAAGUGGACUACAUAGGAUACAUUUCUGUCAACAUUUAGAGGUACAUCUAGUCUUUGUUUAUGCAUCUAUUUGUAAUUUAAAAGACAUGGAUCGGUUAAACGGACCACAAAUGCAAGGUCUCUGCAAAAGUCACCAAUGCAAAACAUGUCUGUCUUGUACAUUAUUGUCUACACUCAGUCAGAUUUCACUUCGGUUCUUUAGACUGAGUGCUGUUUUGAAACCAUUUGUAUAUAGAAAAUAUGAGUGAGUGUCUUUGUAAUGCAAAUUAUGAUUGUGUUGUGUACUUAUAGAAUUUUCCAAUAAAUUAUGUACUGUACAGCUA